AUGGACAGGCUGAGUGGUACCUCGUCACAUGGUGGACGUCAGUACCAUUUUAUCUAUGACCAGAAGACCAUGACUGAAGCCCAGAGUUACUGCAGAGAACAAUACACAGACCUGGCCACUAUAGACAACAUGGAGGACGUGACUACCCUGAACAACAUGGCUGAUUUAAGCCAAAUGGUCUACUUUAAAGACAGAACGGCAGCCUGGAUUGGGCUGUAUGACGCCAGGAACAGCUGGAGGUGGUCACUGGCAGAUCAAAUGUUCUAUGAAGACGGGGAGGCAGAGUUCAGGAACUGGGAGGUUGGGCAACCAGACAACUACAAAAGUGCAGAACAUUGUGUUGCCAUAUAUGAUAAUGGACGUUGGCGCGAUGCCAGCUGCACAUACACCACACAAUCAGUCUGCUUUGAUGUCAGCGGACCCAAUGUGACAUUUGUCCUCAACAACAAUCUCAUGUCAUGGACCCAGGCCCAGAGCUACUGCAGAGAACACCACACAGACCUGGCCAGUGUGAGGAACAUGGCAGAGAACCAGAAGGUGAAGGAGCUGGUAGCUUUAGGACAAAUCGUCUGGAUCGGACUUUACAGGGACUCCUGGAAGUGGUCAGAUGGAAGUAACUCCUCAUUUAGGUACUGGCAAACAGGGGAACCUAAUAACAAUGGAGGGAAGGAGAGUUGUACGGCGACAGUCUUAACCCACUCUGGAAAAUGGGAGGACUGGUCCUGUGACGCGAGGACAGAAUUCAUUUGCUACAGUCAACCUUUGACAAAGCAAGUGAUAAAACUGAGUCUGCAGAAAAGUAACCCCUCUCUGGAUCUCAGUGACCCUGCUGUGAUGGAAGGAAUCUUGAAGCAGAUCAAACAGAGGCUGAAGGACCAGGGGGUGAAUGAAGACAUCAAACUGAGCUGGAGGAAGCAGUCAGAUGGAAAGAUCUUCCACAAGGACGAGAAGGAGACAGAGAAGAAGGACACCUGGCUGAGUGGUACCUCGUCACAUGUUGGACGUCAGUACCAUUUUAUCUAUGACCAGAAGACCAUGACUGAAGCCCAGAGUUACUGCAGAGAACAUUACACAGACCUGGCCACUAUAGACAACAUGGAGGACGUGAAUAUCCUGAUUAACAUGGCAGAUUUUAGCCAAAUGAUCUACUUUAAAGCAACAAACUACGUUCGUCUUGUUCAGAUGGUAAAGAGUAUUGUCAAGUGUUUCAGCCCAGUGUUCAGAAUUGAAGUUAUUCUGUUAUGCUGUUGCUUUCAGGCAGCCUGGAUUGGGCUGUAUGACGCCAGGAACAGCUGGAGGUGGUCACUGGCAGAUCAAAUGUUCUAUGAAGACGGGGAGGCAGAGUUCAGGAACUGGGAGGUUAGGCAACCAGACAACUACAGAAGUGCAGAAUAUUGUGUUGCCAUAUAUGAUAAUGGACGUUGGCACGAUGUGAGCUGCACACGCACCAUCCAAUCAGUCUGCUUUGAUGUCAGCGGACCCAAUGUGACAUUUGUCCUCAACAACAAUUCCAUGACAUGGACUGAGGCCCAGAGCUACUGCAGAGAACACCACACAGACCUGGCCAGUGUGAGGAACAUGGCAGAGAACCAGAAGGUGAAGGAGCUGGUGGCUUUAGGACAAAACGUCUGGAUCGGCCUUUACAGGGACUCCUGGAAGUGGUCAGAUGGAAGUAACUCCUCAUUUAGGUACUGGAGACCAACGGAACCUAAUAACAAUGGAGGGAAGGAGAUUUGUGUGACAACAGUCUUAAGCUCCUCUGGACAAUGGGAGGACUGGCCCUGUCACUGGAGGAAAGAAUUCAUUUGCUACAGUCAACCUUUGACAAAGCAAGUGAUAAAACUGAGUCUGCAGAAAAGUAACCCCUCUCUGGAUCUCAGUGACCCUGCUGUGAUGGAAGGAAUCUUGAAGCAGAUCAAACAGAGGCUGAAGGACCAGGGGGUGAAUGAAGACAUCAAACUGAGCUGGAGGAAGCAGUCAGAUGGAAAGAUCUUCCACAAGGACGAGAAGGAGACAGAGAAGAAGGACACCUGUACAUAAAAGGAGGAGCUUUAUGUAAUGGGUCAGAAUAUACCUGCACCAGUGCCACAACAGCUGCAGUCCAAAUAGAAUUGCUGUAUUAAUUAUUUAGGAUCGAAAUCCAGGCUUCACGAUAGGUUCACACUUGAUUAUGACUCAGGGUCUUAAUACCCCCCUUAGAGCUCAUAAAGUAAUAAAAACAUAACUAUGAAUAUCAUACUUCUGCCAACAGACCCACCUAAAUGUUACACACUGGACCUUUAAGUUACGUUAUGUCACAUAACACAACUUGCGUAAUUUUUGUCACAAGGUUUAACCCAAACAGUAGUAUUUUUGCUGACUUCCAUUGUUUUCACAAUGUUACCCCCAUAUUUAAUGUCACUUAUGUUGUGUACUUAAGAUCCAAUACUCCUGUCUUGUAUCUCUCCACUGGUAAUAUAUGGUAAUCAAUCUGUUCUGUCAUUUAGGUAUGAGGAUAUGUUGGGAAUGAAACAUCCUCUGUGUGUGAGCUUGUCUGUAUAUUAAAAUAUCAGAGUUUAGAGUAACGUUAGAGCCUCUGUCCUGCUUUAUAGAAUAUAGAGAAGCUUAAACUUAAUGGUUCUUUUAUUGUGUACAAAUGAAUUCUGCUGUUUGAAAAUACAAACAAUAAAUCAUAAAUCUAAA